GCUGCCGGGCAACCCGGGAACACCCCCGCGGGGAGGGGCUUCGAAUGUUUGUCUGUCUCCGCAGUAACUGCGGCGUCGGCGCGGAGCUGGGUCGGGGAGACCAUGGCCGGGGGUUCAGCGCCCGAGUUUUACCUGAAGUGGAAGCACUGUGAGGUGCAAGGCGUUAGGACUUUAUGCAAUCUAACAAAACUUUUGAACAAAGUUCAGAAAGAUCACAGAGAUGACAUCUAUCUCUACACCUCUGGGCACUUGAAUCCCAAUAAGCUCUACAGGCCUCCUGAGACAAUCCUGAAUCACUGGCCCAAUGCCAGUAGACCAAAAGGGGAAAAAAUCUUCAAAGUAGAAAAACCAUGUGAUAAGAAGAUUGCAAAGAUGAAAGACGCUUUGGCUUAUUUUACCAUCAAUACAGCUCUGACUCCAAAAGAUGCCCAGGCUACACCACUAUUCAGGUAUUUGAACCCCCUGGAGCAUAUUUCCCACACUUCAGAAGAGGACUUGACCCCAAGAAAGCCUCCAAGAAAAGAGGCUUCUCCAGAACUGCGGAGGAGAGAAGAGCUGAGAUUGCCAGAGAUGAAAGUUCUCAAGUACAGAACAGUGGAGUCCAGCCGUCAGUGUGUGAUGUCUCCCCAACACAAGGAUGAAUACCAGUAUAUCAGCUCCUACUUAGCUGGCAUAACGAAGGCAGACAAGUAUAAGAAGUUCCUGUGUUUCCAAAAGGAAGUUCUUGCAAAGCAAGAUCUCAUGAAGAAUGAUUUCACUGGGAGCAAGGCCGCAACAUGCCAUGAAAAAAAGUUGGAACAGGAGCUCCAGAAAGUGUGUGUAUGCGACCCUCAGCAAUUCAACAGACUGCACAUCUUCAGAGAAGUCUUUGAAGACAUUUGCAAUAGUUCUUUGAUAUUUGGUGAUAUCUUGAAAGAAAUUAAGGAUGAAUAUGAACUCUACAUGGCGAUACUUCUGCAGUCCACAUCCCCAUCACAGUAUAAGACUUUGCUAGCUAAUGCCAAGGGGCUGGAGAGGAGGUCCGUGAAGACAGCAGAUGUCAACCAGGCCAGGGAGGAGCUGAGGGUGAUUGUGACAGCCACCAAAGAAGCCCUGGAGCAUAAUGACAAACUCAGAAGUGAACUAGAGAUGGAGCACACAUUGUUGCAAUCUGCUAAGGAAAAGUCAGAAUCAUAUAAGAAAGAUGUAAUGGAUGAGGAUUGCCUUACUCUUAUUGAGAAGGUUGAAAAGAAGAGGUGUGAAAUACUUAGUAAAUGGGAUGAAAUUCAAGCUCUUGAAAGAGAAAUUAAAACAACUUUGAUUCAUACUGAAAUUUCACAUAUUGCUGAAAAUAGGAAUAAAAGCAUGGAGACUGAAGCUAUAAAAUUGGAAACAGAAAAUAGAAUUUUAAAGACGAAAAUACAUGUUAUUGAAAGCCAUGUGAAACAGAGCAUAGAGAAGAGUAAGUUGAGUGAGGAAGAGCAGCAGAAACUUUGGAAUUUCAUUAAAGAAUUUAUAAACGUAAAGGAAACAAACAAUACCUCUCAAGUGACUGGAAAAUGACCUAUGAAAAUUCACAGCCACCAUGUACAUAGGAUGAAUAUUUGCAGAUGUAUAAAUUAAUGAAGAUACAUCUCAGUUUUUCAGUUUUAAUCUCUAAUAAAGUUAACAUAGUAUGUGUAACCUACUCAAGUUAUUGGAAUAAAUACAUGUAUGCAUCUGA